CAGUAUAUUUACCUACCGUAUAAUAUGACGUCAAUAGUCGUUAUCUAUUUUAUGGGUUUCACAAUCGUUCACUAGUGAAUUCUGAUUUCAGUCGCAUUUAUACGAUCGAAAGCCCAUCAACCCUCAAAUUGUGCUAAAUAAGAUGAGCGAUUCUAUGGUGACAUCCCUCUUUUGGGAAUCAGUAGUACUGGGAAACCUUGACCUACUUAAAAACUUCCUGGAAAAGGGCGGAAACAUCAAUUCCGUGAACUACAAGGGCGAAUCAAUUCUUCUAGUAGCCGCCACAAGCGGUCAUCUUCCUCUAGUCGAAUAUUUGGUGGAAAAUGGCGCCGAUGUCAAUCUUGCCGGUUCUGGAAAACACACACCACUGAUUACAGCUUCCCAGAGGGGACACUUGGAAAUCGUCCAAUUCCUCCUCGACCACAAAGCAGAGAUCGACAGUGCUACGGUGGAUGGUGAAAAUUCAGUACUCGUUUCUCUGGCUAGCGGAAAUCUACACAUUACGGAAUUUCUGAUUGAGAAAGGCGCUAACAUUAACUGCGCCGAUUGUGACGGUAUAAAUCUGCUGCACAUAGCAGCCAAAAUUGGUUCUUUAAAAAUCACCAAAGUGCUUCUGGAGAAAAACCUCAAUGUUAAUGCUGCGACUAUUGAAGGAGAAUCAGCUUUAUUCAUGGCAGCUGCGAGUGGUAACUUGCACAUCGUCAAGUACUUGCUAAAGAAAGGAGCUGACAUCAAUCAGAAGAACAAAAACGGAGCUACACCUUUCUUCAACGCCGUGGCCAAAGCACAGUUCGAAGUUAUCAAGUACUUGAUUAAAAAAGGUGCCGAUCUUAGUGUACGUGACGAAUUGGGCAACAGCGUCGUAAUGAUUGCCACUCGAUUCCAACAGAUUGACAUCAUCAGGUACUUUCUUUCCAAAAAGCUCGACAUCAACGCGCAGAACGACGACGGUAUGUCGCCACUUUGUAUAGCGUCAGUUUUCAACUACAUGCUUUUGGUGAAAUUUCUAGUGGAAAACGGUGCCGAUGUCAAUAAUGCGUCUUCCGAGAAGUGGAAACCGAUUUAUACAGCUACACUUGAAGGAAAUUUUGAGCUUGUCAAAUAUUUGGUCGACAACAAAGCCGAAGCGAAUGGUAAAUAUUUGGUCGUAGCGGCCAGUCGAGGAUUUUUGGAGUUGGUUGAGUACUUCGUGAGUCUAGGCUUAGAAGUUAAUUACUAUGGCAGAAACAAAGAAACUGCGUUGUUCGUCGCUGUUUGCGACGACCAUUUCGACGUUGUUAAAUAUUUGAUAUCAAGUGGAGCUGACGUUAACAUCGCUGAUGACGACGGAAAAGCUCCUUUGUUUUUGAGUGCUUUUAAUGGAAACCUUGACAUUACGAAGCACUUGGUGGCCCAUGGAGCUGAAGUCAAUAUGUGUACAGAAGACGGUGCUACCCCCUUACACGCAGCAUCUGCUAAAGGCCAUUUUGAAAUUGUCAAGUACUUAAUAGAGAAACGUGCCAAUGUCAAUAUGGCCAACAUGAUGGGCGCUACUGCUUUAUAUGAAGCAACUUGUGGAGGAUACAUAAAUAUUGUCAAGUUCUUGGUUGACAAUAAUGCGGAUGUUAACAUCGUCGCUACAGAAAAUCAUUACUCGCCUUUAUUAGCGGCGGUACAAAAUGGCUAUUUUGAUAUUGUCACGUGUUUGUUAGAACAUGGUGCUGACGUCAACAUUGUCAAUGCACACAACAACAAUGUUUUGCACUACGCUGCUGACGAAGGACUUCUUGAUUUGGUGAGAUUGUUCGUUAGUAGAGGUGUUGAAGUGAAUAAAGUAGAUGAUGAAGGUGACACGCCGUUGCUGUGGGCUGCUGAAAGUGGGCACGUGGAAGUUUGUGAUUUCCUUAAGGAACAUGGAGCAGAUACUACGGUCGUCAACAAGAAAGGAGCGACUGUUGAUACGUUUUUGGCCUCGAAAUUGUCUCAGUUAUAUCAAAGUUAGUGGUAAUGUAAAUUGUUGAAAAUUCUAAAAUUCUAAAAAUGUAAAUUUAUUUUGAACUAAUUAAAUUGUGUCCUCCAUUGAUUUUAUUAAAGUUUGUGGUGGAGAGAUAAAUGUUGUAGGGUUAGUAUUUCGCUCCAAAAAUUUGUUUUAUUUUAUUUUAUUUUGACAAUCACUUAAAUAUUUUCUGUAUUUUUUUGUAUAAUAUGUUUUGAAGGUAAAUAAAGUACUAUUAUUAUUA